AUGUCAGACGAUGAUCCGCCGAGCUUCAGCACGGAUGCAGAGGCGCUGAUCUGGUGGCAAGGUCGGGCGAGCUCAUUGCAAGAUGACUUGGACGAUACCAAGCUCGCUCUCGAAGAGUUCCAGGCGUCCAGUGGUGAGCUCGAAGAAGAGCUAGAGAAGAAUUUGGCGGCGGGCGAGAAACGAGAGCUUGACUUGCGCAAGACGGUCGAGCGACUCAAAGUCGAGCUAGAUCAAUGGAAGACAAGGCACCAGACGACCCUCAAAGAGCACCACAAGUCACUGAGCUCCAUGAAGACCGAGCUCGAGUCUGUCAGAAUAUCAGAGGACGCUCUCCGACGGAAGCUACGCGAUCUCGAACUCGAUAACGAUGAUCUGGAGAAGAGCGAGAGAGUACUCAACUCGACUUUGCAAGAUCUCGAAGCCAGACAUGGCAAGUCAGUCGAGCGCAUCACACUGCUCGAGCAGGAUCUGGUAAGCAGCGCAAGCACACAGGAAGAGCUACAACGCGUCAAGGAUGAGCUCAGAGACACACUCGAAGAAGUUGCUGUCUUGCGUGGCAGACUCGAAGCCGAGACAGCUGUCGUGCCAGUGCGCUCGCCCGCACCUCCGCCUUCUUCCGCGCCGGAUUCUGAUCGCGCAGAAGUGGAAUCAGCGGUCGCGCCAAAGCUUGCUCUCCUUGACAUCACGCCCGAACGCUUGCCGUCACCUGUCAGGACUGGUUCGCCAAGAACAGCUUCUGGCCUGCGACUCAGCCAGACCCGUAUACCCGUAGCGACCAAGCACACGGCCGCUACUCAGACCUCGCCUUUGCCAGAUCUGACGCGCCCUGCACCACGCAGCCAGAAAGGCGAAGAUCUGCUCAAGGGCAUGAAGGACAGGACAAAGUGGAUGAGGGAUAUGACGGCCAAGCUAGACUCUCGCCGUCAGAUGACUUCUGCUAUACCGGUCCCCAAAUCACCUGCCACUACGCUCUCCAGGGCGAGCGUCGUCACGGGCAUACCCCGCCUGACUACGCCGCGGCGAGAUCACAGCACGGGCAGCGCGAACAGCAGGUUAUCCGAGUCUGUCACGCCGUCGCCCCCGCAAAGCACAACUGGGCCUACCUUCGAGCGUGAAGGUAGCGGAGGCGUGCCUGACUCACUGGGGGAUCAGCUCUUACGGGCUAGUGUCAGAACGCCGUCCCGACAUAUUCCACGUCCCUCGCUGCCUGCAGUCGUCAUGCCAGACACGCCUACUGCAAGUACAAGUCAGAGAAGAAGCCAGCUCGGCGCAAGCACUGGGCCUGGCUUUGCCGCUUCAGGCUCGGUCAGCACGCCUCGGCGGAUCUCGACCGUCUUUUCACGACCGCCGGUCGCAGAUUCGACGGCCACUGGCCCACCGCGACCGCCUACGCCUGGCCAUUCGCCCACAAGAAGGUCGAUGCUCGGCGCUCGCAAGUCAAUGCCAGCGACAACAACACGCAAAUCUGCAGAGCUACCACCUGCUCGCAACUUCCUUCGCAAACAUUCUGGCGGUGCAGGCAUCGUUCCCUCUGCGAGUUCCAGGGCACUCGGCAAGCCGGAUGCGAUGGCACAGUCUCAAGCUGCACGGCGAGCUGGCGCGAAGAAGCGAGAGACCUUCAGCUUUCUCGAACGGCCUUGA